UCUAAAAACAAAUACCAGUGUUAUACAAUUAUAACAGCACAUUCAUUAAAAAACUUCCUGAUGCAUCUUCAUUUUUAAUUUUAAAAGCUGAAAAAUCUUUUUCAAUGUUUUUAAUUAGAGAUUCAUAGCCAUCUUGCUCUGACCAAAAUUACUUGAAUGCACUUGCAGUCAUAAUUAAGAUUUGUCAAUUCUUAAAAAAUAAACUUGCAAGAUAAGUUACAUUUGUUAAAUUGUUAUUUCUGUUUAUAGAUUUUAGAUGCUGGAGAUCAUAGCAUCAAAUUGUUUGGUUAUUCCUUGGCUGGAAACAUGGAUAUGGACGGUAAUGGAUAUCCAGAGCUGGCUGUGGGUUCAUUCUCAGAUACUGUGCUGAUUUACAGGACUAAGCCAGUGAUAAACAUAGAAAAGACUUUAACAUUAACACCAAAUAAGAUUGACUUCAAGGCACAGGACUGCAAGAGAAAACCAUGCAUUAUUACAGCUCAAUCCUGCUUCACCUACACAACUGAGCCGCAAACAUACAAUCCCAAACUAAGGAUUGAGUACAAACUGGAGGCCGAUACAGUGCGCAGAGAGAGGGGUCUUCCUUCACGAGUGGUCUUUGUUAAUUCGGACGCUGCAAACGGACGCCAGCAACUGAAAGCACAGAGGCAAAAAUCAUGUGUGCAGACCAAGCUGAGACUGCUGGGGGAAAUCCAGGACAAGCUGACCAGUAUUAGCAUCAGCCUGUCUGUUUCUCUACCAUCUGACAAUCCAAAACAGACCAUCAGAAACCUGCCUGAUCUGGAGCCAGUUCUCAACACACUGCAGGAAAAAACAAGCAAAGCAGAGGUCUCGUUUCUGAACUCGGGCUGUGGAAGUGACAACAUCUGCCAGAGUAACCUGCAGCUCCAGUACAGCUUCUGCACCAAAGACCAACAGCAGGACCAGUGUGACCCUCUAGCCAU